CUUCAGGCUACAAAUGGAUGGCUGGAGCGAAACUUUGAGGUCUCCACCGUGAUCUUCCGCAAGUUUGAUGUCUUGAUUUAGUAAUGAGUCGUGGCCCCUCCAGUCAGGAAGCAGCAGCGGAGAGCUCUCUGGAUCAGGAGAGGCCCAGGCCGAGGCCCUGUGGUGGGGACACCACCUGCAGGUGGCGCUGGUCAACACGGUGGCCUUCAGGGGCAUCUGGCAGAAGCAGUUUCUGUUCACCAACUCCCAGAACCUGCCCUUCAUCCUGUCUGAUGGGACUCCCAUCAAGGUGCCCAUGAAGUACCAGGCUGCAGAGGUCAGCUUUGGUCAGCUCAGGACGGGAUCGGAUCAGCGCUACACGGUUCUGGAGCUGCCGUUCCUGGGCCGCUCCCUGAGCCUGCAGGUGCUUCUACCCAGCGAGAGGAAGACGCUACUGUCCUCCCUGGAGGCUCAGCUCACACAGCGCCACCUAGCGUCCUGGGACACCGGCCUGCACAGAACCAGGAUGGACAUCUUCCUCCCAAGAUUCAGAAUGCAGAACAAGUUCAACCUGAGGUCGGUGCUCCCCGCUAUGGGCAUCAGCGACGCCUUCAACCCCACAGCAGCCGACUUCACCGGGAUCUCAGUGGAGGAGGGUCUCUAUGUGUCUGAUGCCUUCCAUGAAGUCAGGAUAGAAGUCACGGAGGACGGGACCAAAGCAGCUGCUGCUACUGGGAUGGUCCUCCUCAAAAGAUCCCGAGCUCCAGUUUUCAAAGCAGAUCGGCCGUUCUUAUUUCUACUGCAACAGGUUCACACAGGUAUUUACUUCACAUCAUACAGAUGUUUUCAAUGUUUUAGUCUAGAAAAGCACCCUAGUCAGGGUAUGCUGUUUGACAUUUUAGUUUUAGUAUGAAAAUAAAUAGAUCUUUGAAUGAGUUGCACUGAUCAGACACUACAGAAAUACUCAGUGGAGCAGACAGGUUUGAGCUGAGCAUCAACAGGUGACCUAUCCUUGAGCUCCUGGAGGGUUUUUGUGAACAGAAGCUUUGGAACACGUGUGUGAAUUACUCCUGUUGGACCUUCUCUCUCAGAAGUUUAAAAAUGAAAUUAAUAAAUAAUCUGUUUCUGUUCUGUGAUUCAUGUUCAGUGGUGAAAUAAAAAAAACA